CCUAUGCAUGCUGUGUGCAAGACCGAGCAAGAGAGAGGGAAAAAAAGUGACACCUAACCGAAAAAAAGACGAAUGAAAAAGUAACGAGAGAGAAAAAUGAUCCGUUUGUUCGUUCGUUGGAAUAACAAGUGUGAGUGUGUUUUACAGCAGCUAAAGCACUGAGAAAAAAAAUUGUGAAGUGUCUGUGAGUUGCAUUCACACAGUACGGUGCGCCCAUUCACAUAUUAUAUUGCUCGACACUCUUUGUCUUCAUCAUACUUCCAUAGCCGUAUGCUCGGUACAUGUAUAGAUAUAUAGCCGAAUGCAUAGCUAUGUGUGAAAAAAAGUAAGCGUGUUCAUACAUAUAUAUAUGUGCGACACACCGCUCCCGCAUAUACAAUGCCUAAGAGUCUGUGUUUGCCGUAAACGAAGCGGCCCCGGGUCUCUCUGGCUUCUACUUGCACCAAUACAUCGACUGGGUGGACCGGAUCGGACGCGCGAUGACGACGAAUGACUUGUGUAUGCAUGUUGUGUUCGUGCGUGUUUGUGUGUGUAUGAAGUGUAGAAACGCCGCCGCCGAACCAAACUUAAGCGAAACGAUUAUAACACAGUUUAGUCAUAAUUUAGAAUGAGAUCCGAUACACAGCAACACCGCUCAUCAGUCUCGUCGUGAAAUUUAGACGAUUUUUCUUCUGUUGAAACAUUUCAGUUUGAGUUUUAACAAGUUCAAGUAGCUAAUAUCAUUUCGCAAUUUUUUCAAAGUAAUUUUUCGUUCGUUUUUUUCUUUCACGCCUUUGUUCGACGAAAAUAAAUCAAGCAAAUAAAAUAAUCAUUUAAAAAGAAGUGCUUUGCCGUUUUUUUUAAAUAUACGAACUUUGAUGAAUAAUUUGUACGUUGGAUUCGAACAUUUUCUGUGCAAAUACAAAGUGCAGAAACGAAAAUAGUAAAUGAUUGGUGAAGCAAAAAAUGAGAAUAAUCCAGUCAAUGUGUUUGUGUGUGAACCAAAAGUAAAGUUUUCAUUCACAAACGAGAGACAGCAGACACACACGCUGCGUGAAGCUGACAAUUCGAACAAAAAUUCAGACCAUUCAAAAUCAAACAAAAUUCCGAACCUCAUAAAAUCGCCAGCGGUCUUUUUUUUCUUUCUGUAAACAUUGUGCAACUGAUUAAAUUGGAGUUCUUUCAUUUACGAAUAACAACAACAACAGCGACACGAUAAAAAAAAUACCUAUAUAUAAACGAAAUAAAUGGCAAAGACCUGGAAACGAUUUAAUACGACGAAAAAUUGUCGUCAUUGACUUUUUUUGUGAAAUAAUUUCUGCUAAACGCCUGCUGCGUGUUGUUCACUGUGCGCCAAUCUGAUCAAUGAGUGUGUUGACUACAAAGUGUACAAGCAGGUCCAAGCAACAAUCGCAAAGAAUGAUGAAAAAAACACUCAACUGCCGUUCGAUGCUAAAAUAGAAUGUGCGGUCGAUUCCAAGUAAAACAUUUUUUUCGCAAGCAGUAACAAAAAAAAAAGCACCAUACGCUCGCGCGACACACAAACCAGUUAAAAUAAAGUUGACUUUUCUAGUGUGAAAUCAACGACAACAACAGCAACAAUAAAAAAAAUCGGUAUUUGUUUACACGAAUUCGGCACCACGGCGUUGUCAACUUAUGAAAAGAAUGAUAUAUAUAACACAACGAAAGUGCUGUACGUGAUUUAUUCCAUAAUACGCCACUUAGAAUUGCUCACGUAUACGAUAAUCGCCAUUUGAACGAAACAGAAACAUACACACACUCGCUUUAAUCAAAACACUAUAAACAGAGUGGACAUAUUUGCCUUUAAUUAAAUACACAUGGAAAACAUUUAAAACUAAAUGAAAGCGAUUAAAUCUACAUUAUAUUAGAUAGAUAAAACACUAACUCCAUUGAAAGUGCGGGAUAGAGAGAGAGAAAAAAGUGUUGAAAAAUAAUAAAGCGCCGACAGAUGAUUAAAACUGUAAUGUGAUAAAAAUCGUCCAGUGAAUAAACACAACAAUUUAUUUCAAUUUGAACGACGACGACGAAAAAAUAGAAAAAUACGAUAGAAGUCCGCAGCUAGACGAAACAGACAUUGACCAGAUCGAAAUACGAAAAAAGAACCAGCAACACACAAACGAUGUCAACAAACUGUAAUAAUUUAAUUAAAACGCCACUAGUAACUGUCGCAAACAUUGCAACCAUGGCAUCGUCAGCACAACAUAAUCACACACCACAAAAGCAACCGCAGCAUCCGAUAACCACAACAAAAAUGGGCUCCCGCCGCAUAUUUUCUGCUCAAUUUAAGCUCACCGUACUCGAUUCAUAUCGCAUGGACGCCGAUUGCAAGGGAAAUCAACGGGCCACCGCUCGCAAAUAUGGCAUUCAUCGGCGUCAAAUCCAAAAGUGGCUGCAAAAUGAAACGAAUUUGCGAUCGAGCGUUAAUAAUAAUAACAACAGCGAUUUGCAAAAUAAUCAGAACAACAACAAUACCAGCAGCCACAGUAAUGCGAACAAAAUGAGCGCCAUGCAGACAGCAGCGGUAGCAGCAAUGAAUGGAGGAGGCGCUGUGCUAAAUGGCCGGACGACGGUGAAUAAUUUAUCAUUAUCCGGUGUUGACAAUGUCAGCGCGAAGCGUUUAAUCCAUGAAAAUGCAUCAGCCACAAAUAAAUCAAUACUAAAUCAAUCAACUAUGUCUGGCAGCCCCACAACCAACUUCCAUUUCAACAGCCAUCACCAGCAACAGCAACAGCAGCAGCAACACCACCACCAGCAAAAACACAAUGCAAAUGAAAUCAACGCAAUGUCCUUGGAUAUACCUAGACAUAGCGUCGCUGCAAAUGCACGAAUUCAUAACAACAGUAACAGUAAUAGCGGCAACGCUGAACACACAAUGACAAAGACAAAGACAACAGGCAACUACAGCGAAUGCUAUGGCGAAUACAAGUGCGCAACGAAUGCAGCAGCACCGACCACAAAUACCAGUUUUCCCGUUUCAAGUACAUCCACUUCACCAGCGUUAGCGCCGUCGUUUGUUGCUCGCCCGAUGCCGCAUUCAUCAAAUGAAUCGACCGUUUCCUAUGCAUCUCAGCGACAACCAUUGCGCAUCGUUUCACCGUCGUAUUUGUUGCCGUCCCCACAAGCGAAUGCAUCGCAUGCACCGAACGGAAUUCCAAUGAUCGAUGCCGCUAAAGCCGCAUUCCACCCAACCCAUUACCCGGCCACUUAUCAUCAUCCACGGUCGGCAGCCGCCGUCGCUGCUGCCUUCCAUGAAAUUAAUCCGAUGCUCUACGAUUCCGUGCCACCACCACCACCAAUCGGUAUGAUCCCAUCAAUUAGACACUAUUUAGGUACACCGCAUCAUGAUGCAUUGCAAGUGGCAACAUUUGCUUCAAGAGUAAUGCCGUCGGCUUUUGAAAAUCCAUUCCAUUUGCCACACCAAAACGGCUUCUACGACCAUCACAAUGCGUACGAAUUGUAUCCAUCGUAUUUGCCACCGAUUGCUGUGCCCACAGCCAUGAUGCCCGAACGUAUUGUACCAAAAACGGAAAUCAUCACUGAAAUCGAAACCAUACCAAAUGUCGUCGAUGAAUUACCCGAACGACCACAAUCACCGAUCGAUCUAACCGUGCCCGGCCGUCAAACACUCAUCGAAUCGAGUCGGUCGUAUAAACCACGCUUCUCGUUGCCAUCACCUCCGGUCAAAGCAGCGUACAAAGCACUCGAAAUUCCACAUUCCGAUGGCAGCAGCACGGCUGAACACAAACCAUGGGAUUUGAGAUGUACACGCAAACGUAAAGUGGACGAUGACAUCGACGAAGGGAUCAGUGUUAAUGGCGAACAAAGUAAAUUACAUGAAAAAUCCGCAUCUAGUCCAACACCCGCCAAAGUUGUCAAGCUAUUCAAACCGUAUUUGAUGUCGAGCGAUGACGAAGACGACGACGAAAAUGACGGAAAAAAGUGCUCAAAAUCGGAUGAACAAACACAACAACGUGACCCGAUCAUUUGGAGUAAUUCACUGUAUGGAAACAGUAGCCCCACAACGAUAACGCCAUUUCAGUCACCAAUCGUAAACACUCAACCGCAAACACAUUCAUCGUACUGGUCAAAUCAUGGUUCGCCAGUAUCUGGUUAUGAUAGCGCCUCGUCAACAUUCAGCGACUGCAAUUGCAGUGAUUCAAAUUGUCAAACAAAACUGGCAUCGCCCGCACCGACGGUAGCAUCGUUCUCCGAUGAUUUUACGGCAUCACCAAUAUCCAGCAGCAGCACCGAAACCACAAAUACCGAAACAACUGUAUCAACAACACCGCCAACCAAAUACAUUAUACCCCGUCGGCAAAUUCUCGAGAAAUGGUCACACGAAGACGAUGAAGCCAGCCAGCAGUUUGAUCGCUCACAACGAGACCUCAUCGUGCGGUAAAUUCAAUCAAGUUAUACACAUUUUUUUAAAAAACACGUAGUUUGUAAGCUCAAAUCUAGUUGAUCGUUUUGUUUUCGAAAACGAUUUUUUGUUCAUCUUCUCUGCAUGUGUAAAUGAGAAUGAAGCAUUUUCUUUUAUAUUUUCACAUUUUUUGGCCAUAAAAAAUACGAAAUUUCUUAUUUGUGAUAAAAAAAAAUAAACGAUAAAUUUUUAAAAGGAUUUCUAAGAACAAGAAAAAUGAAGACAAAAAAAGGUUAAAUUAGAGCGCUUCACUGACUGCUUUUCCAAUAAACAAUCACCCAAUUUUCAUACGAUAACCCCA